GCACCGCGCAGGGGCUUGUGGGCCGGUAAGGCUGGACGAUGCGUGAUCUUACGGUGGGAUCCUGGAGAUCCCGCCCAAUGCUACCUUGGUCUCCUAAUCAGGGGACCUGUAUGUCGGAGAUAUUUCAAAAGGGCUAAAUCGACACAUCAUCGCCUUAUCUCCUUUUCCCGCGGCUGAACGGUAGUAUCGAUGACAUUCCGACAGGGAAUUUCUCACUGCGGCGGCUGUCUGCUAAUACUCCUUGCGGCAAUUGUUACGACUAGAGGUGUGCUUGUCCGAGAGCCAUCAAUUCGACGUCUGCUGCACCUCUCUCACGGAUCUGUUGGCGUCACAGCAGCAAGAGACGAGGUAGAAGCAAGAUUGAGCAGAACAAGCCAAUGCAGUUGGUCCUUGUAUGAGGCUCUGCUAGUCUUUCAUCAUGGAUCGUCGUCAUCCAUCACAUGUGCGAUGGUCCGCGUGGGGCGCCGGUACCUGGAUCGGGGACCCUGCGAUGUGAAUCUCACCAUUUCAACCGCCCAAAGUCCGAGACAGGCGUGCUUGGAUAUCCCACUUGUGGGAUCGGCCGACAAUCUACGUUCAGUGAGCCAAUGUUAUUCACAUAAUCUGAUGAUGUCGACUGCAAGGGAUUUGAUGAUUACACACGGAGCGUUGAGUCAUCAAGGUUGGCCGACGGGGAAUGCAUCGCCUAAACAUACAACCGUACGGGCUGUCAGCGACAGUGGUAGUCGUUUCGUCUUCUCGCUUCGCACCCCCGCUCGAUUACGAGUGCAUUGCCACAGGAAAGACGAAAGAAAGCAGAUGCGGCCUGGAUUAAAUUCCAGUCAUGAAGCCAUGGAUUGUCGAUGUUUUACUUGUGUCAAGUCUUGUACUUUGAUACAAUGCGGCAUGUCUUUUGUUUUGUGGCAUCAACACCACUUGCAAGAUGCGGAGAACCUGGUCCUGUCGCCUCCUUAGUCUUGCACAUCAGCUCGACCUCGGCGGCAUGUGGCGACGGGCAUAGGCGAAUGCCGCUGGAUAGUCGGGGCGCAAACCUGAGCGGAUACACUUUUACACUCGUAUGGACCUGAGACCGCCUUCUCUUGUCGCUUCCUUGAAGAAUAUGCAUGGUGGUUUACGGAGUCCGAAGAGUACUGCCAAGUGUGGCUUCGAUGGAAUGUCAUGUUGAAACGCCUCCCCCAGGCAGAGGCGUAAAGACGCCGGUUUUGGCAUUUGCAAACACGGUGCUUCAUUGGAGGCAGCCAAUGGGGAUUGAAGUGGUAUUU